AUGUUUGAAAAGAAAAUUGACAGUACAAAAUCCGAUUUCUCACCAGCUUUAGAACAAAUGACAGAAUUAGAUGAAUACGAUGCAUAUUUAUCACUAUCGCAAGCAAUAAGCAAUGACGAUUUGGAAGGCCUGAAAGAUUCCUUGGACCAGCUACGAAACGCGGAUGCAUGGACAUAUGCCUUUGAGAAAUCACUGCAAAAGGCAUGUAGUUGCGGUAAACUAGGUAUUGUAAAGGAGCUAUUGCGCGAGUUAAUGAGGCCUUACCACAUGUCGAAUGAGAGGCUAAAAGUGACUCUGAGUUCCGCUCUCGAUAUCGCUGCUGGUAACGGCAAUUCUGAGAUUGUUAAAGAAUUGUACGAUUACUAUACCGAGCAGCAUGUUCAUUUAGGUAGAUAUGAGCUAGUCACACCGCUUUUGCGGGCAUCAGAAGCAGGGCAUAGAGACACCAUUCACUACCUUUAUGACAAUAACAAACCACCUUUUGACGUUUUGAAGGCUAAUCAAGGAUAUUGGGGAAUAUAUCUCCUUCUCGAUGUCAUAUUUUAUGGAUUUCUCGAUAUUGCGGUGGCCAUCGUCGACGAGUUCCCGCCUCUGGCUGUGACUAAACACCCAGGUCAAAGUUCAUCUCCACUUAAGAUCUUAGCUACGAAACCUGAGUUUUUUCGCAGCCAUUGCGAUCUUGGAUUUUGGGGAAGACUCAUCUACUCAUGUGUAGACUUUGAUUUUCCAGCUGAUUCUGAGACUUCCAAACCAAACCUAUUCCAACGAAUCAAGAAAAUAGAGGAGCUAAAAGAGAGACACUCUCAAGCUCAUAAGUUGCUCCAAAAAAUGUGCAAAGCGGUACAAGUCAUGUUUAAGGACGAGAGUUGGAAAGCGACAGUCCAUGAAGCCCUACUUGAGGCGGUGGAGAAUGGGAACGAGGAAUUUUUCACCGAGAUAAUCAAACAUAACCCUCGACUUCUAUGGAUCUCGGAAGCUAACUCUAGACGAAACCUAUUUCAGCUAGCUGUUAAAUUCAGGAAAGAGAAGAUCUUUAACCUCAUCUAUGGCUUAGAUGAUAGAAAAGUCAAGCUACUUAGAUCUUGCGACCAAAACAACAACAAUAUUCUCCAUAUCGUGGCUUAUCUAUCUCCUCGACCCGACCACCUCUCUAAGAUUUCUGGAUCUGCUCUCAAGAUGCAAAGAGCUAUUCAAUGGUAUGGGGAAGUAAGGAGCUUGGUAUCAGAACUUGAAGUAAUACAAAAAAACAACGAGGGGAAGACACCGCGACAAGUAUUCGAAGAGUCUCACGAACCUCUACGAAAACAAGGAGAAGAAUGGAUGAAAUACACUGCCACUGCUUGUAGUUUCGUGGCUGCUCUCAUUGCAACUGUUACUUUUCAAGCCAUAUUCACUGUUCCUGGAGGUACUGAUGAAACUUCGGGUAAGCCUCUUCUUCUUAGAGACUUACAUUUCACUGCGUUCAUCAUGUCAGACGCUCUUGCCUUCUUCACUUCUUGCACCUCAGUGCUCAUAUUCCUCAGCAUUUUGACCGCAAGAUACUCUUUUGAUGACUUCAUUGUAUCACUUCCAAGGAAGAUGAUAUUGGGUUUAGCUAUUCUAUUCUUCUCCAUCGCUUCGAUGCUUGUUGCAUUCAUCACUGCGCUUUCUUCAUCGAUGCGUCAAAGGCCGUCCCUUGUAGUCCCCAUGAAGCCACUAGCCAGCCUCCCUGGCCUUCUCUUCUUGAUGUUGCAAUAUCCUCUUCUCAAGGAGAUGAUUUCUUCCACGUAUGGUAAAGGACUUUUCCACCGAAACAAAAAAAGUUGGUUCUUAGUACCAAAGGAGACUCAAGUUCAUCACGUAGCUUCCUCAAGUGAAGGAUCACAAAAUCACUGA